AUGGUAGUUAAUCGAAACAAAAGAGUUUGUGUCUGUCAUUUAACUACAGAAUCCAAGGGUCAGAAAGAAGGAAAUCAACUUCAAGUACUGCGGCCCCAUUCAACUCCAGCUACUCUACUUUGGUUGGAAGAAAAUUACGAGAUCGCUGAAAGUGUGUGUAUUCCUCGCAGUACUCUGUAUUCCCACUAUGUAGACUUUUGUAGUAAAAACAACAUGCAACCGGUGAACGCUGCCAGCUUUGGAAAGAUUAUCCGUCAGCAGUUUUCUCAACUCACCACUAGGCGGCUAGGCACUAGGGGCCAAUCACGCUAUCAUUAUUACGGAAUCGCUAUACGGGAGACGUCUCCUUAUUUCCAGCUAUCCUAUUCGAAAAAAUCCGCCAGUUCUGGUCCCGAUAGCCGAAGAGAACCUUACAGACAGGUACAGCUGUAUCCUCCACGAUCGAGGGCUGGGACAGUUUUGCCUGAGUUUCCAGACAUAAAAGAAAUACCACUUUCUUCUGGUGAUGAAAUAUUAAAGAUUACAACGUUUCAAAUGAUGUAUCGAACUCACUGUCAGCGCGUCCUCGAUACGAUCGUAAGAGCAAGUUUUAGCGACAUCCAGAAUUUUCUGAUGCAUUUUUGGCAGGGAAUACCGCCCCAUCUAACGUCAGUUCUAGGAAGCAACACUCUGGUGAAUUUGGUUGGUAUUUGUGACUCCAUACUCUAUCGAACGAUUUGCAAAGUUCUGCUUCCGUCUGUUCUCCAGACUUUGUCGGACAGUGUAACAAAAAUUAUACAAAACUUUGUACAUGAAUACGACUACUGGCUUCGUUCGGCACUUUUUAACCUACCGGAAAAUCUUCGAACUAUGAAGCUAGAAGUUGCUAGAGGUUUUAUACAAGUUAUUCGACGGCAGAUGUCGUUAAAUCACUUAGCUCAAGCUUCUCGAAUGGUGGUGCAAAACAGUGAGAUCAUUGGACAGAUGCUGCAAGACUGGAGGCAGAUUGAUAUCACUGCCAUUUGUCGGGAAACUUUGUAUAGUAUAGAACAGAAUGAGAUAGGAACAACUUUUGAUGUGAUAUUAAAUUUGGCGAAGGAAUUUGAGUGUUUAAUAAAAGACGAGGCACCAAUAGAAGCUUACACAGAGUGGUUGAAUACAUUAGUGAACAGAUGUGUCGUCUUGCCAACAGCAAAAAAUAAGAUUCCAGUUCGUCAACUGUCUCGCCAGUUUUUACUGAUGUGGUCAGUAUUUGGAACACAUGUUAUAAGGGACAUGACUUUACACAGCGCUACCAGCUUCGGUUCUUUCCACCUCCUGAGACUGAUGUUUGACGACUAUGUAAUUUUCCUAAUUGAAAAUAUACAUAUGGAGGACCAAAUGAAGGUUUUCUUGAGAAGUAUAGCCACUAACUCACCGCCAGAUUUCACGAACUUCGGAUUUGGGGGGACGGAAUCUUUCGACUUUCAUGGUUUUCUGGAUCAUCAGCGCCAUCUUGUAGAUAAUCAGACUCACACAGGCCCCGAGAGUCUUUUAGAAGGCCCUUCAGUAUCAGAAGUUCCUGAAUUCACAUUGGUACGAAGGAACUCUGACGACAAUUCAGUGACCAUAACACCACCAUUACAAAACGCUGAUCAGAUGGCGAACGGAUACUCUUGGAAUCCUGGAAACUGUUACGAAAGUAAUUCGAGUCAAACAGAAAGCUAUGACUACCGGCGAAGCUGGACACAUACUACAGUGGUAGCAAGAGGCGAUGUCAGACUUUAUCAACAGUCACCUUCAAAUCAGUUUGUAUUAGAUGACCAAGUUCGUCGACUUCAAGAUCCAAUGAACCAGCAAUAUGCUAGAAAUACGUGUCAGAUGAACUUACAAGAACCUGGAUGUGGCUAUUUUGGACAAUACGCUUCGGGAAGACAACUGAAUGAUCGUGUGUGCUAUCCAAACCAUCACUACCCCACUAUAGUUUACUCUACUAACAGCGCCACCUACCAGAACGACAUCACUGAAUGUACUCGUAAUCUACCAGACGAAGACACCUCAGGCCUAAGGGAGGAACAACACGCAGUAGAUGUAGUGUGUGUGGACAUCCAGUACGACGACGUUCACUUAAAAAAUGUGAACAAUUCGGUUAAACUUUAA